GAGAGCAUUCGCAGGAACUUAUAGGGAGCAUUUGCGGGAACAUACAGGGGAGCAUUCGCAGGAAUAUACAGGAGAGCACUCGCGGGAACUUAUAGAUGGUGAAGCACUCAGAACCUAUGGUGGAGCACUCAGAACAUUUGACGGUGGAGCACUCAGAACAUUCGACAGUGAAGCACUCAAAAUUUAUGGUCGAGCACUCAGAACAUAUGGUGGAGUCGCUUAG